AAUAUUCUAUUUACAUUCUCGAAUUCCAGUACUAUAAAUACCUCCCACAAGUUUUCUAUCUCAUAUCAAAUAAUUCAGAUUUACGCAGUUUACAGUGAUCAAGAAACAAAAUACAAGAUGUCAAGCACUGUUGGGCAAGUCAUAAAGUGCAAAGCUGCGGUGGCGUGGGAAGCAGGGAAGCCACUAGUGAUUGAGGAAGUGGAGGUGGCGCCGCCGCAGAAAAUGGAGGUUCGUUUGAAGAUCCUCUUCACUUCACUCUGCCACACUGAUCUCUACUUUUGGGAAGCCAAGGCCCAAGAUUCUGUUUUUCCUCGAAUCCUUGGACAUGAAGCUUCAGGGAUUGUGGAGAGUGUUGGAGAGGGAGUGACUGAAUUGGAGCCGGGCGAUCACGUUCUUCCGGUAUUCACCGGAGAAUGCAAAGAAUGUGCUCAUUGCAAAUCAGAAGAAAGCAAUAUGUGCAGCCUCCUUAGGAUCAACACUGAUAGGAGAGUGAUGAUUAACGAUGGGAAAACUCGAUUUUCCAUUAAUGGAAAACCGAUUUACCACUUCGUUGGGACGUCGACGUUUAGCGAAUACACCGUGGUACAUGUUGGUUGUGUGGCAAAGAUCAACCCUCUUGCUCCUCUUGACAAAGUUUGUGUCCUCAGUUGUGGAAUCUCUACCGGUCUUGGUGCCACAUUGAAUGUUGCAAAACCGGCCAAGGGAUCGUCGGUGGCUAUCUUUGGGUUGGGAGCAGUAGGUCUUGGUGCUGCAGAAGGAGCCCGUUUGGCUGGUGCUUCGAGAGUCAUUGGUGUUGAUUUGAACCCUAGCAGAUUUGAAGAAGCGAAGAAAUUUGGAGUGACUGAAUUUGUGAACCCAAAAGACCAUAAAAAGCCAGUUCAAGAGGUUAUAGCAGAGAUGACUGAUGGAGGAGUGGAUCGGAGUGUGGAGUGUACCGGAAACGUCAGUGCUAUGAUCUCGGCAUUUGAAUGUGUUCAUGAUGGAUGGGGUGUUGCUGUUCUUGUCGGCGUGCCUCAUAAAGAUGCAGAGUUUAAGACCCAUCCGAUGAACCUUUUGAACGAAAGGACUCUCAAGGGCACCUUCUUCGGAAACUAUAAACCGCGUUCAGAUCUUCCAUCAGUCGUAGAAAUGUACAUGAACAAAGAACUCGAACUGGAAAAGUUCAUUACUCAUGAAGUACCAUUUCUCGAGAUUAACAAGGCUUUCGAGUUAAUGCUGAAAGGUGAAGGCCUUCGUUGCAUAAUCCGAAUGUAGGAGACAAGAUUAUUAAUGAAGUUGCUAAAUUCCUAUGAUGUUCAAGUGCUAAAAUGUUGUCUGAGCUCUUACGUUUGAUCAUUGUCUAGUUUUCUUUCAGUUUUCCACUCAAUGUUUCUGUUCCAGUGUGUUCAAAAGAGUCCUUGUAUCAAUAAUCUGGCUGGUGAUACUUUGUUAAUAAAAGCUGUUCUUUUACAUUUAAGUUUUAA